UCUACUGCUAGCUACAUAAUGGUAUUGUCAUUAACACGAUGGGUCGGAAAAGUAGCUGUGGUAACCGGCGCUAGUGCCGGUAUAGGUGCAGCUACAGCAUCGCAGCUCGUGCGAAGUGGAAUUUUGGUGGCAGGAUUAGCCAGAAGAGUGGAACGCAUCGAAAAACUCGCUGCAAGCUUAGAGGGUUCUAAGGGAAAACUAUAUGCGUUUAAAUGCGAUAUCACAAAUGAAGAAGAAGUAAUAGCAGUUUUCAAAGAAAUCAAUGACACUAUAGGCACUAUUCAGAUCUUAAUCAACAAUGCUGGGUUAGGUCAACCGACCGAUUUAAUUGAUGGAGAUUCUAAAAUGUGGAGAACAUGCAUUGAUACAAAUGUAUUUGGUUUAUGUGUGGCUACAAGAGAAGCGAUAAAGUACAUGAAAGCCGCGGAGGUGGAAGGACAUGUGGUGCAUGUAAAUAGUACUGCAGGUCAUGUGGUUUAUAAUAUUCCAAAGUUCAAUGUGUAUGGAGCAACCAAGUAUGCCGUUACAGCGUUGGCGGAAACGUUGAGAAGAGAAAUAAAUAUGAAAAAGCUACCUGUCAGAAUUACGAGUGUCAGUCCAGGUUAUGUAUCAACGGAAUUCACAUUUGUUGCUUAUGGACAAGAAACGUUUGAUAUGCCAUCUUUAAAACCAGAAGAUGUAGCUGAUGCGAUUAAAUAUACUUUAUCUACACCACAAACCGUAAAUAUUAAGGAAAUUAAUUUAGAGGCCUAUGGAGCAACACUUUAAGAAGAGUUAAUUGCCUAGACCAUAAUCCUUCAAUCGCAAACAAAAACUUUGUCAGGUUACUUCAGCACUUAGAUAAAGUAUAAGGCGAUGGUAUAACACAAGUGAAAACUAAAAAAACAAAUGUUAAGUUGUUUUUAGAUUUGAUUCUCUGAAUUAUUAGUUUAUAAAUUUGAUUACAUUAUACUAUGCUGUAUUUACACAUUCACGUGCAAUAUAUAGAAAAAA